AUGAGUGAAUUUCAGCCUUUCUGUCAGAAUGGUACACGAGGCUUGAUUGAGAGAUCUUGGAGUGGAUGGCACAAGGUGAUCAGUGCUGCAGAGACAAUCAUCCUUCCUUCUCUGAUUGGGAUUAUCUCUUCAACAGUCUUAGUUGGAAAUAUCCUCAUUGUGUUCACAAUAGUAAGAACCCAGAAAAAAACUAUCCCAAAUAUCUACAUCUGCAAUCUGGCUAUAGCAGAUUUGGUUUGCUAUAUCAUUGGCAUGCCCUUUCUCGUACACUGGUGGGUAUGUGGAGGCAAGUGGGUUUUUGGUAGCCCUCUUUGCACCAUCACUACCUCCCUCGACACAUGCGACCAGUUUACAUGCAGUGCCAUUAUGACUGCAAUGAGUUUGGACAGGUAUACACUUUAUCUUACCAUAACUUUCUUUUUUCCUUUACCACUGAUAUUUAUUUGCUAUAUUUUAGUUUUAUAUUACACAUGGAAGAUGUAUCAGCAAAACAAGAAAGCAGGAAGUUACACCACCAGUAUCCCCAGGCAGAGAGUUAUGAAGCUCACUAAGAUGGUGCUUGCUCUGAUCAGCAUGUUUGUGGUAAGCACUACCCCCUUCCGUGUGAUCCAGCUCAUGAAUCUUCAGGUUUCUCAGCCGACACUGACCUUCUAUAUGAGCUACUACAUCUCCGUGUGCCUCAACUAUGCCAGCAGCAGCAUUAAUCCCUUUUUAUACAUCCUGCUUAGUGGGAACUUCCAGAAGCAUCUCCAGUGAUGCACAAAUAUGGAAUUCAGGAUGGCAGAAGGGAUUUCAACAUCAUUGAAAACACCCUCGAGUCAAGUUUUCAAAAGAAGGUUCUUCUCCCUAGAAAAAAUGCCAUGUCUAUAUGUAGAUUUUAUUUGUUGCAGUAGAUAG